AUACCAAUGAUAUAACCUUCGCGGUCAAACAUGAAAAACAUUUGUGUGUAACUCAAUGUCAGUGGACUCAUGCGUGGAUCUAACAACGUCAUUUUAAGCAAAGAUUGUUGAAGACCUGCAACAUCGAGUAGAAGGUGUUAACUUUGCAGGUGUACAUGUUAUUCUGGUGCACUUCUGGCCUGACAUCAUUCUAGUCAGCCUUCUUGUGUCGGAAACGUCAAUAAUGCCCACCGAAGAAAGUAUUUCCUGGUAUCACGGAGCCUUAUCCCGGUCGGAUGCUGAAAACAUGUUAAAAGAAGAGGGAACUGCGGAUGGUACGUUUUUAGUAAGGAACAGCAGUUCGUCUUCCGGAGACUAUGUACUCUCUGUUCUCCAUAAUGGAGAAGUAAUUCAUUAUCAGAUCAGAAAACACGAGGAAGAUGCUUUUUUCUCCAUAGACGAUGAAACAACGAUUCAUGGUCUGGACACUCUGAUAGAAUAUUAUCAAGAAAGUCAUCACGGGCUUGAAACAGUUUUGUCUAACCCUUGCAAAGGUGCUCCGCCACCCCAUGACACCCGACGACAUGGACGGACAAACCUACUUCACAGAGCCACUAUUCAGGGGAAUUAUACAAUAGUGUCUGAAUUACUGAAGUGCGGGUACCGCAGCUUGGAUGCAAAAAAUCAGCUGGGACAGACAGCUGUGCACUUGGCAGCUAUGGAUGGAGCUGAUGAGAUUCUAAAAAAGCUAAUCGAAAAUAAAGCCAGCGUGAAUUGUAGGGACUCUGCAGGGUACACGCCUCUGCAUUAUGCAUGUCAAAGUAAUUUGCCAAGUACUGUUCGAAUACUAAUAUCAGGAGGGGCAAACAUUCAGGCCAGAAAUACAAAGACAGGUAUGGUUCCGCUGCACGAAGCGGCUAGCAGAGGUCACAGCACAGUUAUACAAGUAUUACUUUCUAUGAAUGCUCCGGUUAACCCUCGCACAAUAGCGGAUGACAUUCCAGCAGAUCUCGCUAGGCGAAAUGGACACAUCGAUUGUGCAAAAUUAUUAUGUGAUUAUCAAGGUCCUGCGCCAAGGGAAAAACGUAGCGAAUGGUAUCACGGUACUUUGGAUAGAGCUGAAGCCGUUGCCCUACUACACAAGCACGACGAUCUUGAUGGAUCGUUUUUAGUUAGAUUUAGCGACCGACAUAGGGGUGGCUAUGUACUCACCGUUAUGUACCAUAAACAAGCAUAUCACUUUCAGAUACAGAAAAAGAGGGACUUGCUGUUCAUUGACAAUGGCCCUUACCUUGCUUCUUUGGAACAUGUCGUAGAGUAUUAUCGGUGCAUGCCCGAUGGCCUGCCCGGACCCUUACUUCAACCAAUAGCUCCGAUACCUCGACCACCGGUUCCUGAAAUGCCAUCAUCUAUUUUUAAUGGGAAUACUCUCACGAAAUUGAGGCAGUCAACCGCUAGGCAGGGCCAAUUUACUAGAAAUGCUUCACCUCUUGCCGAGACCUCAUCUAUUCCGGUACAGCCAAACCCUAUUCAAAAUAUCAACGUCGAAGAACCAACGGCAUCGCACAAUGCGAUACAAUCUACAGAUUCGAGCUUUGACGCUAAUUUCAAUCCAAGCGUACCACAAACUCAAGGUAAUUCGUUGACAGAGUUCAUACCUGGGGCGAAUUUGUUACUCGGAGAAGUUCUGGGAGAAGGUGAAUUUGGAUCAGUUUACAAAGGGGUUUACGACAAUUGGACGGGUAUUCAAGAGCCCGUUGCAAUCAAAACACUCCAUGAAUCACACAGCCAAGCCACUCGCAUCGAGUUUCUGAGGGAGGCUCGCGUGAUGAUGUCCCUCAACCACCACUGCAUCGUCAGGCUCAUAGGACUCUCCGAGGGGCCACCGCUACUUAUGGUUCAAGAAUUGGUCCCGCUUGGCUCAAUGCUGGCUUACCUACUGGAGUUUCCGGAUAGAGUCAACCCAAACUACGAGCUGAAAAUAUGGGCAUCACAAAUUGCAUGUGGUAACAACACUUUUGUUGGUGGUAUGAAGUACGUAGAGGAGUUGCGGCUUGUACACAGGGACUUGGCCGCUCGUAAUAUUUUACUUGCUUCGAGACAUCAAGCAAAGAUCAGUGAUUUUGGACUGUCCAGAAAUUUCGGUUCCAAUGAUUACUACAGGGCUACGCAGGGCGGAAAAUGGCCAAUAAAAUGGUAUGCACCAGAGUCUUACAACUUUGGUACAUUUUCACACGCCAGCGAUGUAUGGAGUUUCGGAGUCACUUUGUGGGAAAUGUUUUCUUACGGAGAGCAACCUUAUGGCGACAGACGCGGAGUAGAUGUAAUACAGCUCGUAGAGAAAGGCGAACGGCUUGAAAAGCCCGAGAAAUGUCCGGAUCACAUUUACACGGUAAUGAACCGCUGCUGGUCAUACGCCAGCACGGAUCGUCCGACGUUCGCCGAAUUACUAGAGAUAUUUAGCAGCGAUCCCGAAUACAUUAAUAUCAAAGAACUCGUUGCCGCAGUAGAUAUAAGUUGAUUAUACAUGUGCUAUACCUAUAUCAUUUGAACGUAUUUCUUACCAUUUUAUCCUACCUGUUUUCAGAGUUGUACGCUGAAGAAAUAUACGUAUUUGACUAACUAAA